AUGGCUUCCGUUUGCUUCUCUUGCGCUGCCGCCACACUCGCUCGCAGUCGGAAGUUCAAUUCUCUGGGUUGUGCAAACAUGCACUCUUUGAACGGAAUAGAGUCGGUCAAGCAGCCAAGUGCAAAAACAGCCCUAAGUAUCAAGGCUGGUAUGAUUAUUAAAUCGGAAGCUUUCUCUGGAGAAAGCAACUUUCUGCAUAAGUCUGCUAGGGUAGCAAGUAAAGCUGUCACUAGCGACUUAACUGGUGGAGUAGAGGUGCAAUCUGAUUCUGUGGUAUUAGGAGCACUUUCGGCCGAUACGGCUCCUACUACAAGUGGAUUUCCUGUUGAGAACAACGAAUUUGAUUUGGACCUGCCAUCACAAGGUUUCUCAUCUAUUCCAGAAGCAAUUGAAGACAUUAGGAAAGGAAAGAUGGUCGUUGUUGUAGAUGAUGAAGAUAGGGAGAAUGAAGGAGAUCUAAUAAUGGCUGCUUCAGAAGUUACACCAGAGGCCAUGGCUUUCUUUGUGAAACAUGGAACUGGGAUUGUUUGUGUGAGCAUGAAAUCAGAGGACUUGGAGAGGCUGCAGCUCCCUUUGAUGGUGAGCCAUAAUGAGGAGAAACUUUGUACAGCAUUCACUAUUUCAGUGGAUGCAAAACAUGGUACAAGCACGGGAGUUUCUGCUCGUGAUAGGGCCAUAACAAUAAAGGCUCUUGCAUCAAAAGAUUCGAAGCCCGAGGAUUUCAACCGCCCAGGGCACAUAUUUCCGUUGAAGUACCGAGAGGGUGGUGUUCUUAAAAGAGCUGGGCAUACGGAGGCUGCUGUGGAUCUUGCUGUGCUAGCUGGAUUAGAACCUGCUGGAGUUUUGUGCGAAAUUGUCGAUGAUGAUGGAUCUAUGGCCCGACUGCCGAAGCUUAGGCAAUUUGUGCAGCAAGAGAAUUUGAAGAUCAUAUCUAUAGCCGAUUUAAUAAGAUAUAGGAGAAAAAGAAAUAGAUUAGUGGAACAAGCAUCUGCUGCUCGUAUACCAACUAUGUGGGGACCAUUCACUGCGUAUUGCUAUAGAUCAAUUUUGGAUGGGAUCGAGCAUAUUGCAAUGGUUAAGGGUGAAAUUGGGGAUGGACUGGAUAUCCUCGUGAGAGUACACUCGGAGUGUCUGACUGGAGACAUAUUUGGGUCAGCUAGAUGCGACUGCGGGAACCAGCUGGCACUUGCGAUGCAGCAGAUAGAAGCUGCCGGCCGGGGUGUUCUGGUCUAUCUCCGUGGCCACGAGGGCAGGGGAAUCGGUCUGGGCCAUAAGCUUCGGGCGUACAAUCUGCAGGACGAUGGGCGUGAUACUGUUGAGGCAAAUGAGGAGCUCGGUUUGCCUGUUGACUCAAGAGAGUAUGGAAUUGGUGCACAGAUACUGAGGGAUCUUGGGGUUAGAACUAUGAAGUUGAUGACGAACAAUCCUUCCAAGUACAUUGGGCUCAAGGGUUACGGUCUGGCUGUUGCCGGCCGGGUUCCUCUUGUGACCCCAAUCACUAAGGACAACAAAAGAUACCUUGAGACCAAACAUUUCAAAAUGGGUCAUGUUUACGGAUCUGAUAUCAACGGCCAGCCACCCAUCAUUGGUAAGAACGAGAAUGGUCGACCUGGUGGCGAGAGUCCAGCUAAAUCUGAAUCAUAA